AUGGCUUCUACCGGCACUGAAAUCUCAUUUUCUGAUUAUCUCGCAUGCAGCGAGCUCACCUUUGAAUGGGCAGACAGCUACGAUACCAAAAACUGGAGCCGUCUAGCAAAUAUUUUGGCGCCAACAGUCAAGAUCCACUAUGCAGCCGUGAAUGAUUUCAAGGACGACCAGUUACCCGCGGCGGAUUUUGUGAAAAUGAUGUCCGCACCCGAAUUUCUUGGAGACCCAUUGAUCCACACUCAGCACUUGAUGGGGGCGUCUAAGUAUCGGCAAAUCGCACCAGAUCUCAUUGAGGGUUAUCACCAGAUCCGUGCGGCCCACCAGCGAUACACCGGACUUGGACUAGAGGAGAUCGAGGCCAAGGGCCAUGGUCAUGCAGUCAUCACGCUGACUUACAAGAAGGUCGAUGGCGAAUGGAAAUGGGGAGGUAUUACAACUGAUAUCAGAUGGAAUGAGUAUGAGUUUGAGAAGAUUUUCAAGUUUGAUUUGUAA